UUUUGCCAUCGUAUCGGAGUGGGAGGAGGAGUUUCAAUGUCUCCUUGUCGAGGGCGGCUGCGGGGGACGACAUUAUCGGCGUUGGGGGGGACGGAGGACGUUGCGGGGGCGGAGGCAGCUGUGGUGGCCUUCCGCCGGUUGAACUUCGAGAGGAGCGAGUGCUCGAGUGGCCUCUCGGCGGAGUCGGCGGUGAAGGCGCCGGAGAAAGUUCGGUGGGGGGGUCACGUACGUCAGGGACUGCUGACGUGGGGGCGAGCGCUGUCGGCGAGGCGGGCCGAGCAGGAUCCGCGGACUCGGACUCCGAGACUCCUUCUUCACUCGCACUCUCCUCAGGCUCAGGCUCUGGCGCAGGAUCUGGAGGGAGAUCUCCUCGCGCUUGACCGGGAUCGGCGACGACAGUUUGAGGGAGACGGGAGCUGGGGGAAACAGGGCGAGAAUGCCGCGAGGCAGAUCGAGACGCGAGGGUGCUGCGGGGACCGAGGGGCGAGGGUAAUCCUCCUCGAUCGAUCGGGGUGUCCGAUUGGGGCACGGCUGCUGCUCGCAACGAUAGAGGAUAGUCUCAGGGCCGUCUGGGAUGUAGACGUCGAUGAGGUCCUGGGAGUCGAAUGCGUGGAUCUGGCCUUGGCAGGCAGCCACGAUGGAUGGGGGGAGGACGGGAAGGUGCGCGGACAAGAGGUCGAAACUGAGGUCCCUAGGGCAGCAGAGGCCGGUUUAUAUACAGGGGAUGGCAGGCUGUGCGCGCUGGUCCGUGCGCAGCUGGUCUGUGCGCAGCAUGCCGACGCGGCCCCGGGGGCCGGUGAGUCAGAGCGGCUGUGUCAGCGGAGCCCGAGCUGUGCCGUGCGCUGCCGCCCCAUCUAA